AUGUACGGCGCACUCCGAUCCGGCCUGCGAGCGUCACACCGGAGACGUCCAGCACGCUUUAUCUCGCAUCGCCGCUACCCGCUACCGCCUGCACGCGCGCGCGCAUUCCACGCCUCGAGAGGCCUGGCACAAGACAACAAUCCGCCUGCCGAUCCCGACAACAAGCCUUCCGACAGCAAGAAUGGGGAGCGCAAGAAAGCGGAGGGCGCUGCUGCGAGGGCAGACAAUGGGGAGGCCGUCGAGGAUGCGGACAUGCUGGCGCAGAAGCUGCAGCGAUCAAGGGAGAUGACACGCCGGUAUUCUUCGGCGCUACGACGAUCACAACGAAGAAACCGCGCGCAGGACCUUCCCCCUGUGGUCGUCCCGAGCUGGUUCGUGAACGAAUGCGUCCGCCUCAGCGACGACGCUCCCGACAACAAACCUCUGCGCCAGUUCGUUUUCGAACUACAACGGCGGGGUACCGAUGAGACCGGAACGUGCGCCAUUCCGAUAAACGCACCAGGCGCGGCCGUGCAGCUGCUAUCUGACUUCCUAUUCCAGGCAUGGGGUGGCGGACUAGGCAGUGACGAGAAGAGGCGCUUUGCGCGGCAAUGGGCAGCGAGCUUGGGACUGCCGGAGAGCGAAGAGGUGCUCCAAGAUCUAGAAAUCGGAGGCGAUGGUGUCGUAUCCGGUGAGGAACAGCGGUAUUGGCUGCAGAAAGAGCACCUUUUGGAAGACCCGGUCAGAAUAAAACGGAAGCUAGAAAUCGACAACACCGAGAUCAUCACCGCAAACCAUCAUUUCGCCCUUUCCCGUCAAAGUGGAAAGUUGAGCGACGAAGCCAUGCGGAAAAUCGAGUCGGUAAACUUUCGUCUGGAGGCUACGCACCACUCCGAGGUGUUUGAUCCCUUUCGCCCACGAAAUGCAGGUUACAUACCCCCUUUCGUGAAAGCAGAGAUUCACGCUGCAAUUGCCGCCUCUCUUUCUGCCUCGCAGCCCGCGUCAAGCGACAACUUUCCGGCGGCGAAGACAAACUUAAUACUACAUUGCCCGUCUAAUGGGAAAGAGAAGGAACUGAGUAAUUGUCUGGCGAACAUUGCACGUGAACAAGGCGCUGAUAUAGUAUCCUUAAACGCACAAGACCUUGCUGAGAUAGCGGGUGACUAUCUGGGUGACCUACCAGACCCAUCACCCCACUCGAUUCGCUCUUUGGCCUACGAAACAUACCGGCUCAGCUCGGAUCUUGAAAGCGACGCUUUUCUUGAUGAAGCAGGCAAGGAGGAUUUUGGCGACGAGCAAGAAGAUUCGACACCAUCGCCGGCAUCAUUCUCGUCCAUGUUUCCCAAGCCAUCUGCAGCUGCUGGCCUCAAGAUGCCCAUUUCCAUAAUCCUUCCGAACGCUCUUUCGAGCGCCCUCAAGGCUUUACAAACGCCCAACCAGGAGUCUAAUACAUCAGCGGACAUGCAGCCUCGUUCGCAGACACCGGUAGAGUCCCAGCUGGAGGACCUGAAGAUUGGUAAUGUUCUCGAGCAUCUGAUCGAUGCUUCAGAGACGAAACGAAGCCAGAACUCACCUCUUCCAACCUCAGAUUCUGCGGCCUCAGCCCCUAGUACCGACAAGCGAAGUUCGCGCGCGCCAAGAGGAGGGUUCUUUAGCUCUCUGAUGACAUCUGCGUCUCCAUCUACAUCCACUCGUGAUGAAAUCAACAUCGAUGCUGCCUUACCGAGCAAAGCGAUAACACAGUUCAACCUUACUGUUAAAGUUGGUCCCGUCACUGCGGCAACAAGUUCUAAAACCCCAGGCAGCGCCAAAAUUGUAUACAUUCCCGACUACAAAGAACUCAAUGCCACUCACUACGGAGGCAGAAUCAUACAAAAGCUUGAAGAGAUAAUCCGUAAGCGGAGGCUGGCAGGCGAGCGCAUCAUGAUGAUUGGCAGCACUUCAUCGGCAGACCUUACCCCCGAAUUCUCCAAAAAUGGUGUCCAAAGCCUUCAGUCUGAGGGCGAAGCAUCUUUUUACAGGACCAUCGUGGUGCCUGUAGAGCGGUUGGAUAGUAUGCACGACCUAAUUGGAUCCCUAAAGUCAAUUGUACUGCCAAGAUUAGACGCGUCGAAAUAUCGGAGGAUCAACGUUCGCCAUAUAUUCGACAUGUUGCGUCGAUUAGACCCAGUUGCAGCACAGCACCUGUCGGCGAGGGAAACUGGAGAUGGCAGUCGCGCUGGACCCGCACUAGCUAGUAUCUCGGGUGCUUCUCUUAGCAAGAUUCUAACGUAUGAUGAGGUGCAUCGCAUAGCGUUGACUGCCUUAGGUCUACACGCUAUCGAUCCUACGAGCGAACACUUAACCAGUGCGCACGUCGCUCUUGCAAUAGGCAUGCUGCAAGCGAGCGACCAAGUGAAGUUUGAUUACGUUAAACGCCAAGCUCUUCUUCCUCGCCCCGGCGACGACUCUCCCACGCACUCUGAAUUCCGUAGAAAAGUAAUGGAGACUUUGAGGGCGAGGACUCAGUCAACUACUGACAACCGCGACCGCGAUCUUGAGGCCAAACUCGAGAAAGUCUCCCAAACCGCCACCAAGCACGAGAAACGCUUGAUGCCCGGCAUCGCAAAUCCUGCGCAGAUUAAGACUACUUUCGAUCAAAUUCACGUUCCGACUGAUACCGUCGAUUCUAUUCGCACUCUUACAAGUCUGUCUUUGCUCAGACCAGAUGCUUUCAACUACGGUGUCCUUGCCACAGAGAAAAUCUCUGGAGCGUUGUUGUAUGGUCCUCCCGGCACAGGAAAGACGCUACUGGCCAAGGCCGUCGCGAAGGAGAGUGGAUCCACCGUGCUCGAGGUGUCAGGCAGCCAAAUCAUGGACAAGUACGUUGGUGAAGGCGAGAAGAACGUCACUGCUAUUUUCUCGCUCGCGCGCAAGCUCUCACCCUGUAUUGUCUUCCUCGAUGAAGCGGACGCUAUCUUCUCGUCGCGAGAUGUUGGCCGUGAAAGAACCUCGCACCGCGAUAUCCUCAAUCAGUUCUUAAAGGAGUGGGAUGGCUUGAACGAUCUCAGCGUAUUCGUCAUGGUUGCAACAAACAGGCCGUUUGACCUCGACGAUGCAGUUAUCAGGCGACUACCUAGGAGACUACUUGUAGAUUUACCCACCGAGAAGGACAGAGCUGCGAUACUAAAGAUCCACCUUCGGGGCGAGGAGCUUGAUGAGUCCGUCGACCUAAAUGAUGUCGCCAAGCGAACGCCCUUCUACUCCGGCUCUGAUCUCAAGAACCUCGCCGUUUCAGCAGCGCUCGCCUGCGUGAAGGAAGAAAAUGAACAAGCUGCCAUCGCAGCAGCCAAAGCCGCCUCUGACACUUCUACCUCAUCCUCAGAGCCUUCCUCUUCCUCUCCCGACGUAGGAUCUAAAUCUUCCCAUCUUAUCCGCGGAUUGGACUACAAGUUCCCCGAUAAACGCAUCCUAUCCAAGCGCCACUUCGACGCCGCGCUGCAGGAAAUUUCGGCGAGUAUUUCCGAGAACAUGAGCAGUUUGAACGCGAUUAAGAAGUUCGACGAGAAGUACGGCGAUAAGAAGGGCAAGAAGACGAAGCAUAUUUUCGGCAUUGGCGUGGAUAAGGGGACAAAUGAGGAUGUGGUGAGGGUGAGACCGUAG